ACAUUAUCCUUGAUCUGGUCCGAUAAAAUCGCAUCCGAUCAGCGUUGCCACCGCCCUUAUACCCACUUUGAUUACACCACCUGAUCUCUUUAAUCAACCUUGUUUUUGACGUCGAAUUGAACUGGACACCUGCUAAACGCACUCACUUUGGUGAAUACAAGCACGAAUUCUAUUGCUAAUAUCACCUCAAUUUGCUUUUUUUUUGUUUUUUUCAACAGCACAUUUGAAUACAACUUUACGGUGUGUUAUUGGAUUUUUCCAAUCUUACCAUGUCCUUUGAGGAUUGGUUGAAUUUGGUAAAAAGUGCUGAUAAGUCAUCUGUGAUACUAGGAAAUGUGCGAAAAGUGCACUAUCGAUUUCCUGAUGGCAAGGAAAUGGCCGAAGAAUACAGUACAGAAACUGGUGUAGUUUUGCGGCGUGCCUGGAAAAAUAAAAGUACCCUACUGCAUAAAGAAGAUUGGGUAUUAGAACUUGGGGAAUCAAUACCUGCAGGACUUAAAGAGAAUGAAGAAAUGUUAAAAGAAUGUUGUACCGAACCUUUGCUUACCAAAAGAGUGACGCGUAAUGCUAUUGAAUGGAGAAUCAGAAAUCUACCGUAUCCUGUUACAACUUAUACUAUAACAUGUAGUGAGCACGACAAAACUCUUACCAUUAAAACUUCUAACAAGAAGUACUUCAAGAAAAUACAUGUGCCAGAGUUUCAACGGUGUAACUUUAUACCAAAGCAAAAAUACUUGAAUGUAGUUUACAAAAACGCAACACUUAUAAUAACGUUUAAGAAGCCAGCAAUUCUUUUAGAAAUGGAACGAGCUAUUUUAGCAGUGCUUCAAGAUGUGGAAACCAUGGAAUAUAAUAGUGUUUCUUGUGAAAAUCUCUUGAAUGGCCCCAUGAUACAUCAAUAAGAAUAAAAAUCGAAACAAAA